GUGUGCUACCAGCUGCCCCUGCCGGGCCGCUACACCCUCUCCCUGCACCUGCUCUUCUCCGCCACCGCCCUCCUCCUGCGCUCCAACGCCCGCACCUCCUUCGAUGGGGGGUUCUCCAACUACACCGUGGUGCACUCGCAGGCCAUUCAAGCAUCGGCGCCGCCCACCUUCUCCCUUCACGCACACAGAGCCACCCUGCCUUUUUGUACACCCCCCCUCCUAGCGGCAUCCCACCACGCGGGCUACUGGAUGGGCCACCUCUGGCAGCCCCACGCGUGUCGCCUGCGCCGCCUCUCCCCCCCCGCGCUGCAUGCCUGCUUCAACGGUCGCUCGCUGCUGUUCCUCGGCGACUCCCAGCUGCGCUACACCUUUGGCUUCCUGCGCUUCCUCCUCCGCUUCCCCUCGCGCGCCGCCUUCCUCACCAAGUUCGCCGGCAAGCCCAAGGUGUUUUGGCCCAACAUGCUGGCCUGUGGCAGUGUGCCACGUGGCAACGGGUCCAUCUACCCGCCAGUGAGCAGCAGCACGGGCGAGCUGAUCUCCACGGGCGUGUGUCAGCAGCCGGGCUGCUCUUUCUUCUUCCACGGGGAGAACUUCAACGGCUAUGGCCGCGCCCUGUACAAGGUGAAAGCAGCAGCGGGCAGCCCCCCCUGGGCGUUCAACCUGACGUACGUGUCCCAGUGCGGUGCCAUGAAGCCCGUGUUCCCCGCCUGGAUGAGCGACCUCGCCCUCGUGGGGCCCGCUCUCGCCCUCUUUGCCUCGCGCCAUGAUGAGAGCACCGCUGCUCGCACCAGCGAUGCGAGCACCAGCGAUGCGAGCAUUACCAGCACUGGGGACAGCAGCAGUAGCAGCAGCAGCAGCAGUGGGGAGGGCAGCAGCGCUGGGAGCAGCAGGGGUGGCAGCAGUGGCAGGGAGGGGCGUGGGGGAGAGUAUGACAUGGCGCGGAAGGGCGAGUAUGACAUGGCGCGGAAGGGCGAGUAUGACAUGGCGCGGCAGGGCGAGUAUGACAUGGCGCUGGUGGGCACCACUCUGCACGACCUCAUCCAGCAACCCACCCCCCACUCCUUCGGUGCUCUGCUGGAGUCCAACCUGCUGCCCCCGCUGCGAGCAGCCAUGAGGGACCGCUCAGCCGUGGCAGUGCUGGGCCCGUGGGCGGCGAGGGAGGACAGCAAGCCACCCGAGUUCAUCGCCGUCAGCAACAACGCACGGGGCAUGGCGUUUGAACACGAGCUCCUUAGGCGCCUACCGUCCACCCAGCCCGGGGCACCCAGUGCGGUGGGCAUGAUGGGGCUGACUCUCCCGCGUCCAGACCUGUGCCCCGACAGCACGCACUACGCCUGGCCCGUCACCCUCGCCAUCCUCGACCUCUGGCUCACACCCCUCUGCGGCCAACACGCCUCACAUGCUCUUAAACUCUAG